AUGACUACGAGGAGAUGGUGGAAGCGGCGCGACGGCAGCGAUGACGCCGACGAUCUCGUCCCCAUGGACACCCAAGGCAUAGCAGGAGGAGCUAGUCCGUUCCCUGGAGCAGAAGCAGGUGCACCAAAGCCGCCGUUGGAGGCACGUCUUUGCGGGAUUCCUCCUGAGCUACACGGUCUUCCUCGUCUACUCCAGCUUCCACCAUGCCUGGUCUCCCUGGGAGCUGCUGGUAGCAUAAACAAGACAUCGUUGCAAGGCAUUGUUCUGCAUACAACAUUCACAACAGCUUACACAGUGUCUGCAUGUUACAUUAUUCAACCUUUAAACACUGAGAGUUCAUACUCGCUCAAGGUCCCUGCAUCACCAGGGGCUUCUCUUGUUAUUGCCACCAAUCUACAGCUAACACCCCUCAAAUGUUUUUUUACCUUUCCAUUGAGGUUUUUUAAGGGGCUACUACAAGCAUCCAACUCCUCCAAGAAGUGGAUUUGGUAUUCAUUCUAUGUUGGCAUGGCGGUUGCCAUCUUCUGGACAUACUACCUCUUGAAGUUACCAAUGAUCCGAUGGGAUGUAGUGUGGCUCCCGCUUGGCCCUUUGAUUGCUUCUGCAUCGAGCCUCUAUGUGGACCAUACGCUAAUGAAGUCGAUGCAAGAUAUCAGCACCUUGAGGGGCUACAUGUACAACUUCAAGUCCCUGUGA